AGGCUUUUGAUUCCCCUCUCUCUCUCCUACAAUCAUCUUCACAGACUCAUCACUUCUCUGUUUUGUCCUCCGUCUCCAGAUUUCUCUCAGAUUCCGACCCAAGUCAACUCGUCGCUGCUUUAUUCUUUGCUGUUUUGUUGGAAUGAUAACACGGAUCCUCUCCGAUCUCAUGGAUAUUCCAACGGCGGUUGCUGCCGGCCAAUCCGUGAUGGGUACGAUCAAGAUCGCCGUGAUGCCAAUAGCCAAAGUGUUCACCAUGUGCUUCUUGGGUCUUCUUAUGGCCUCUAAGUACGUCAACAUCUUGCCUCCCUCCGGCCGCAAACUCUUGAACGGGUUGGUCUUCACGCUUCUGCUUCCAUGCUUGAUCUUUUCCCAGCUCGGACAAGCCGUUACUCUCCACAAGAUGCUUCAAUGGUGGUUCAUUCCGGUUAACGUCGUUCUUGGUACAAUCUCAGGAUCGUUAAUAGGCUUCCUUGUUGCUACCAUUGUUCGGCCUCCUUACCCUUAUUUCAAGUUCACAAUUAUUCAAAUUGGAGUUGGUAACAUUGGUAAUGUGCCUCUUGUGCUACUAGCGGCUCUAUGUAGGGACAAAUCCAACCCUUUUGGUGACUCUGAUAAAUGUAGCAUUGAUGGCACUGCCUAUAUCUCUUUUGGUCAAUGGGUUGGUGCUAUCAUCCUCUACACAUAUGUGUACCAGAUGUUUACUCCUCCUCCUGAAGGUUUCGAUGGUGAAGAUGAAAAUCUUCCUUUGAAAAAUGUACCUGUUGAUGCUACUGCUUCAGAGCAAAUCCCCUUGCUUAGUCAGAAUCAUCCCAAGGACGUUUCACUCUCUCAAGCUCCCCUCGCUGUACAGUACGAUGAACCUAGAGGAAGAGUGGAUUUAAAGAUUACACAGAUCUUUGUUUACCUCUAUGAGAAGUUGAAACUAAAGCAAAUCAUCCAACCUGCAAUAAUUGCUUCAAUUCUGGCAAUGAUACUUGGUGCAAUACCUUUCACGAAGAAGUUGAUAUUCACAAAUGGUUCACCUCUUUUCUUCUUCACAGAUAGCUGCAUGAUUCUUGGGGACGCCAUGAUACCGUGUAUCUUGCUGGCACUUGGUGGAAAUCUCAUUAACGGACCAGGAAGUUCAAAACUUGGUUUCAAGACAACAGGGGCGAUUAUAUUUGGACGGUUGGUGUUGGUGCCACCAGCAGGACUAGGAAUAGUGACAUUAGCAGACAAACUUGGGUUCCUUCCAGCUGAUGACAAGAUGUUUAGGUUUGUGUUACUUCUACAGCACACAAUGCCUACCUCUGUGCUCUCCGGUGCUGUUGCCAACCUUAGAGGCUGUGGAAGGGAGUCAGCUGCUGUGCUCUUCUGGGUUCACAUCUUCGCCAUCUUCUCAAUGGCUGGAUGGAUGGUAAUCAUUUGUACAUGAAGCUUUGCUCAGAUGAAAAGUUUGCCUUAGAAGAACUCAGGAGGGAAGAAGACAAGACAAACUCUCUUUAACAAGACAAAGUAUUAUUGGGUCAAUCUACAAUCCAGCAUAUUUGAAUGCAGCCACCGCUAAAUGGAGUACUUACUGAGCAAGAAGUGCUUUGGUUUUAUAAAGGUCAAAUGAUGGCUAGAUCAUCUUACCACUGAGGAACCUGAAGAUAGCUAUUGGUCCUGCUGUGGAACGAGAUUAAAGUCAAUGUUAAAAGAGCAAUUUUAGUUAAUUAUAAGUUAUAACUAUAUACGUUGUCUAUAAUUUAUAGAAACUGAGAAAAGUUACAGCCGUAGUUACAGCCU